CCUCCCAGUGAGCAAGAGUCAAAGCCAGGAUACUCUGAACAGUCCUCACUGUCAGUAUCGCAGCUGUGCAGAGAGGUAGUAUUGGUCAUUAUCCACCCUGUCCUUAAGCCUAUGGGCUAAGAGAUAUGUAUAUAUAUAUUGAAAGAGAGAGAGAGAGAGAAUUGUGCUGGCUAGAAUGAACGGAGGAUUCAAAGUAGUGUUGUGUGUGUCAGCAGAUAGUAGCUGGGUCUUCACUUUCUGUUGCUCUCUGCUGCGUGUCUGUGAUGCAUACAUAUUUUGUAUAUGUUGCUAUAGUGUCCUAGAAGUCUGUAAAUUUGAGACACAUACAGAGUCCAAGAUACAAGAAAAAAAUAUAUUCACCAUAGAAGAGAGUUGUCAUUUUUUUACCAGUCAUCAGCUUGUGUGCUUUUAGUAGCCCAACAUGUUGCGCUGUGGGUCUGUGCUGUCAUUUGCACGAUGUUUGAUUCGGCGGAAGAUCGUGAACGUGGACAGUCUGGAGGAUUCCAAGCUGUGCCGCUGCCUGUCCACUAUCGACCUGAUCGCCCUGGGUGUGGGGAGCACCCUGGGGGCGGGGGUGUACGUGCUGGCUGGAGAAGUGGCCAAGGGGAACUCUGGGCCCAGCAUCAUCGUCUCCUUCCUGAUCGCUGCACUUGCAUCAGUCAUGGCAGGACUCUGUUACGCAGAGUUUGGUGCCCGCGUGCCAAAAACAGGCUCUGCAUACCUCUACAGUUAUGUAACUGUCGGGGAGCUGUGGGCUUUUAUCACCGGGUGGAACCUAAUCCUGUCAUAUGUGAUAGGUACUUCAAGUGUAGCGAGAGCUUGGAGUGGGACUUUUGAUGAACUCCUGGGGAAGCAAAUUGGUCGGUUCUUUAGCACCUACUUCCAAAUGAGCUCUCCUGGGCUAGCCGAAUAUCCAGAUUUCUUUGCAGUGUGUCUAAUACUGUUACUAUCAGGUCUGCUGUCUUUUGGUGUGAAGGAGUCUGCUUCGGUCAACAAAGUAUUCACAGCUGUCAAUGUGCUAGUUCUUGUGUUUGUCAUUAUCGCUGGUUUUGUGAAAGGAGAUUCAGAGAACUGGAAAAUAACAGAAAGUGCUCUCAUCAAUUUUACUGCAGUGACAAGAAACCUGUCGUUGGCAGAUAAUGUCACCAGUGCAUAUGGUGUUGGUGGUUUCAUGCCCUUUGGUUUUGAAGGAACGCUGGCUGGAGCUGCUACCUGCUUCUACGCCUUUGUUGGUUUUGACUGCAUUGCAACAACAGGUGAAGAGGUGAAGAACCCUCAAAAAGCGAUUCCUAUUGGGAUUGUCACCUCCCUGCUUGUCUGCUUCCUGGCCUACUUCGGGGUCUCUGCAGCACUGACCCUUAUGAUACCGUACUACCUCCUGGACGAGAAGAGCCCUCUCCCUGUUGCUUUCGAGUAUGUUGGCUGGGGUCCUGCAAAGUUUGUGGUGGCAGUGGGAUCCCUUUGUGCUUUGUCAACCAGUCUGCUCGGUUCCAUUUUCCCAAUGCCUCGUGUUAUCUAUGCUAUGGCAGAGGAUGGGGUGCUUUUCAAAGUGUUAGCCCAAAUCAAUCUUGAGACAAAGACCCCAGUAAUUGCAACAAAGGCCUCCAGUGCCAUCGCAGCUGUAAUGGCAUUCCUGUUUGACCUGAAAGCACUUGUUGACAUGAUGUCUAUUGGAACCCUUUUGGCUUAUUCCCUGGUAGCAGCCUGUGUGCUCAUCCUCAGGUAUCAGCCUGAUGUAUCUUGUGAAAAGCCUAGCUGCAAUCUCGAGAAAGAGAAUCUCACUUCAGAAGAUGGCAAAACAGAAUUGGCUGAGUCAGAAUCCCAACUAGCCAUGCUUAAAGAAGGAUUUACUCUGCAGUCAGUGCUCAGCCCGUCCAUGCUGCCGACAGAGCAGUCCUCCUCUGUGGUGAACAUCGCUGUCAGCAUCAUAAUUUUCGUAGUAUGUAUUGUGAGCACUCUCACCACGUAUAAGGGGGAAGCUGUGCUCGCCAUGGAGUCAUGGAUCCUCGGCCUGCUUGCUGUGUGUCUCAUGGUGUUUAUUGUGUGUCUCCUCAUUGUCUGGAGGCAACCUCAGACUCGCAAAAAAGUGUCUUUCAUGGUUCCCAUGUUGCCAUUUUUACCAGUUGUGAGUGUCUUUGUCAAUGUUUACCUGAUGGUUCAGCUAAGUGGGGACACCUGGAUCCGCUUUGCAGUUUGGAUGGCUGUUGGCUUCCUGAUUUACUUUGGCUAUGGUAUCAGGCACAGUUUGGAAGGCCAACGGAACGAAGACGAUGAUUCAGUGCACAGAGAAAUGGCAAAUAAGAACUCGACUGAGGGAGGAGAGGACGGUGGCAAUGCAGAUGAGAACAACCAGUUCACUAUCCAUGAAAAAACAAGUCAAUGUUAAGCCUGAGCAGCCAGCUGAGUCACAGCCCUGAGACUGUAUCUUCUGUUACCAGCAGUACACCUGGGCAGAACAUGAACUGUCAGUGUUCGUCUGCUUUUAGCAGACAUUUUUUAAACCUAUAUUUACAUACGUUCUGCACAUUUUUGUAGUUUUUUCCAUGUGUCCCUGAAUCGGGCGGCAAACUUUCAUGUCAGAGUGCUGAAGUUCAGUGGAUCAGGAUCGACCCAGGACAAUACAGGCCUUCAGAAAAAAAACAAAACAGCCAAGAAUAAAACUUCAGUAGAAAAUGGAGGACAUCCCUGACCGAUUACUUCUGUGUAAGUGUGUAUGAAAAACUAAAGCAAGAAAUAGUGUAACCAAGUGCAGGUGUAUUGGGAUCUUUGCCAAUAAAUUGUUGCUGGGACUGGGUCUCUGUUUUGUCGAAAGGUGAAAUCAUAGUUGGAAUCAUUGGAAAAUUGAGGGUAAACAGCUUUGGUUAUAAACAAUUGUUAAUAUUUGUAAUCAUUUAAAAACAAGACUUGUCCAGAAGAACUUAACAAAAGUGUGGUUAUGUGCUUUGGUGGUACACAUUGUAAUAAGUCUUGUAAUGUGUACCAAGUAAAACCAAAAUCCAAGUGGCUGAAAAAAUACAGUACUGCAUGCAUACUGAAACUUUUUUUUGUGGAAAUGAAUUUAUGGUAAC